GACUGAGGAGCCGACGGCGCCUUUACGAAAGAAGGAAGGCCGGCGCAGAGGUUGCGUCGCCUCUCGCUCGUCUCCAAAGUCAGCUGCCUCGAGGAGGCAUCCCCCCUCUCUCUCGACUUGGUACAUUCCACCCUGAGGUUGGGCCGAGGGAGGCCAUGACGUCGUCACCGAAAGAUUGCGCAUGCGCGCAAAGCUCUGGUGCGUGCCUUGCCUUCUCCCUAGGAAACUACAAUUCCCAUAAUUCAUCUCAUUGGGACGUUGCAGUGGGCGGCGCGGUUGCGCUGCUUAUGACACCAGUGAAGAGAUCCAGGACAUUGGUCCUGGAAUCCAGGUGGAGGACGAUUUCAUGGUCCAAAAGGGCGAAGAGGCAACAGCUGUUUUGGAUCUGAUCCUAAGCAAGAGGGAUGAUGAUGGCCUAGUUAUGAUACAGUUAGAAGAGCCAGUGCAGCCCCUCCUCCUUCCGCCAUGCAGGAACUCUCCAUCUGAGCCUCUGCUUAAAGAGCUCCAAGGAGGGAGAGGCCCACUGUCCAGCGGCCCUUACUCUCAGGAAGUCCCUCCUAAUGUUGGAGCAGAGUUUCUUUCCCUGUCGCUUGCAUCUGUUUAGCCUGGAGAAGAGAAGGUUGAGAGGGGAUAUGAUGAUGAGAGCCCUCUUCAAACACUUGAAGGGAUGCCAUAUGGAGGAGGGAGCAAGCUUCUUUUCUGAUGCUCCAGAGAAUAAGACCCAAUGCUCCAGCAAAAGAGAUUCCACUCAGCAUGAGAGCGAGGGCUGGAAGACACUCCUUCCUCGGAGUGUAAUGGAGCCUCCUCCUUCCUUGGAGGUCUUCAAGCAGAGUCCCUGGGAUGCUCUGAGGGAGAGAGAGUCCCUGCCUGGCAGAAGGAGGAGGGGGCUCCUCUCUGCUUCUCCGGCGGCGUGACGAACGAUCCUCCUUCCCUCCCCUUUCCAGCUUCAUUCUCUUCAGUCUCCGGUGCCUCCUUCCUUCUGGUGAUGCGUCCGAAGCAGGACAGCCUGACUUUGGCCACCUGGGGCUCCGGGGCCCUUGGUGCCUUGCUCUGCCCCCAGCAGGAGCUGCCUUUCCCCUCUCUCCUUCGGAGCCCUGGCUCCGGCUGAGGGCCCUGGCGGCCUACUUUGGCCCCAGGCGCCUCCCUGAGGGCGGCGGCGGCGCCUAGGCCCUGGCUGCCUGGGCUCUGCCUAGUCGGCUCUCUCUCUCCUGCGGGGAUGUCUUCCUCGGGACCGCUGCUGCGGGGCUUUCUCCGGGGCUGGGCCUGGCCCUGCAACGUCCUCCUCUACGGGACCCUCUUCGGGGCGGGCGACGCGGCCCAGCAGCGCCUCAGGCGGCGCCUCCAGGAGGAGAAGGAGGAGGCGGAGGCGGAGGGCCAGGACUGGGCCCAGACGCGGCGGGCGGCGCUGCUGGCCCUGGCCUUCCACGGCAACUUCAGCUACUUCUGGCUCCGGGGCCUCGAGAGGCUCCUUCCCGGCAGAGCCCCCGCCGCCCUCCUGGGAAAGGUCCUCUGCGACCAGGCCUUCGGGGCCCCCCUCGCCCUCGGAGCCUUCUACUCCGGCAUGAGUCUACUUCAAGGAAAAGAGGACAUUUUUGCAGACUGCAGAGAGAAGUUUUGGAAUACCUAUAAGACAGGGCUAAUGUACUGGCCUUUCGUUCAGCUUUCUAACUUCAGCCUGAUUCCAGUGUACUUGAGGACAGCAUACGCUGGCCUGUGUGGUUUUGUCUGGGCUGCUUUCCUGUGCUUUUCUCAGCAAAGUGGUGAUGGGACUGCAAGAUCAGCUUUUCAGUUGUUCCAUGGAGAGAAAACUGACCCAGGCAAGGCAUCAUCUGGGAAGUAAACACGUCACUUCCAAAACAUCCCUCACCUGCCAGGGGCAGUGAGCAGCAUUACAAGACAGCAACUGCAUGUUCUCUACUUGAAGACAGAACUAUAAAGUGAGCAUAAAUGAACAAUGACCAAAUGAUAACUUUUCAUCAAGCAGAGUUAUAGUCAAUGGGAGAUUGUUGACAUUCAGGCUGCAUUCAACAUAACUAAGGUGGGAGAAGGAGAAGUGUGCAAAUAGCUGUUUGUGCUCCUCCUCUAGGAUUGAUUGAUUGAUUGAUUGAUUUGUGAUUGAAGCACUAGGUAGAAUUUUCCCUAAAAUUGCUGGCUGAGAGUGGAGAGGGGUAUUCCCACUGCCUCUGAUAACUGAUCAGAGACAGCAAGGAUUUUUCUCCAAGCCAGGAAUAUAAUAAGGAGACUUGGACACUGUGUGGGCCAGUUCUGGAUUAUUCAGAAACCAAAUUGUGCCUGGGGGCCAGAGAUAUAACCCUCCUCACUUUAAACCAUGAAUGCUGUCCUUUUAAACUACAGUCUGAACAAGCAUUGGUAAACAAUCCAGAUUGCUUAUCAUGGCAUCUAAAAGAAUUUAACAUGCCCUCCAAACUCAGGAUUAUUGUUUUUAACUGACCCAAGCAAGUCAAGAUUUGUAAGCCAUCUUUAAUGGAAGGUUUGUUGUUAUCUUAUAAUUGAUGGACAUUCAAAACCGUAAUCCUCUGGUAAUAUUGUGCAUUAAGCCAUACUUGCCUAAUUUGAUUUAUGUGCUAGUGGAACAGUAGGAAUGAAAUGGGUGUGAAUGGGCUAGAUGGAUACAUGUGCUGCCAUCUGCACUGUAGUUUGGUCAGCUAUAAGUUUUCAUAUAUUAUAAGCAAAUCUAGGAGGAGAAUUUACCCUCUCAUUUACUUCAACAACUGAUUUUGGGAAACCAAAAGUUCUUUCACAGUGAUUUAUAACACUGGGUAUCCACACUAAACAAUUAUAGCACUUUGAUCCCACUUUAAUUGUCAUGGCUGAAUUUUGUGGAAUCCUAAGGUUUUCAUGAUGUUUGUAGAGUUCUCUGCCAGAGAGCUGUAAAUCUGUAAUUCACUAGGGAGUUCCAAGUACCUCACCAAACUACAGAUCCUAGCAUUUCAUGGGAUGGAGCCAUGACAAUUAAAGUAUCAAACUGCUAUAAUGGUGAGUGCGUUCCUGGAAUGUUCCAUGCAGACCUGGGAAAACAUUAUUGAUGGGGUGAUGGACUCUUAAGGAGCUGAAGCAUACUUCUGGCUACCCAAGGCAGAACAGAAAAUGGUGUUCUCCCUCCACAUUUUGUGUGCAUAGUACCUCAACACAGUGAUGUUAUUUUGUCACAUGAAGCAAGAAAUCCCAUAAACAUCCCUUUUCAUACCUGACAGUAAAAAUGUAAUACUGAAAUUAUAAACAACUAACAAUUUGCUGUACCUCCAAUAGGGUCUUCUGGCUGGAAAAGACCCCUGGCUCAAUGCCCGAGGAGCCAUUUGCCUCUGUCGAACCCUGGGCUACAUAGACAAAUGGUCUGACCUGGUAUAAGUUGCUUUAUUUGGAGAGCCCAUAGCUUAGUGGUAAAUCUGUCUCAGGUUGACUCCCUGGCAUUUCCAGUCAAGGAAAAUCAGGUUUAAAAAGACCCCAUCUGAGAUUUUGGGGAGCCACUGUCAGUCAAAGGAAAUAUUUUUGGUCUAAAUCUGGGGUGAGCAAAGGAUAGCCCUAGAGGUUCAUGUGCCCCACAAGGCUGUUUUUCUUUGCGCUGAAUGCCUCUAGACUCUCUGAACUGCUCUUUUUCUUGUUCCCAAAAGAUGAAAGAACAGAUCUCCCAGCAACAGCAAUUCUUUUUUAAAAUAACCUUCCUAAGUACUGUUUAACAUUACCACCCCACUACCCCUGGUUUUCAUAACCAAAAAUUGACAUUUGGCCACUUCUAGUUUUUUGUUUUCUGGUAUUUUUAGCAGUUUGUGUCCCAGAGGCAGAAAAUUGGCUUUGGACACCAAUCCUUCCCAUCCUUCCUCUGCAUUGAUGAAAAGUCUGGACAAAUUCCAGGUAGCUUUGUAUAUUUACAGUAACUCGAAAAUUACUAUACGUGCCUAUAGUGUCUUUUCUUGGCACAGAAUUUCAGUACGGUAUUUUGUUGUAGCAGAAGGGAUGUUUCACUGAGUUUUGACUGUGUGUUGUGUAUAUUGCUUGAAGCUUUAUUUGUUGUAGGAGUGUUGAUUCAUGAGUGACAAAUGCACUUUCUACCUGGGUUCAUAACUGGGAAUGGGCAAAAGGCACAGUCCCACUAGGAAGUGUCCUCUGUAACCACCAUCCACAACCCAGGUGCCAUUCAGUGCCAAAGGCCUCACUUGGCUGUGGAUCCUUUUGGGUGAUCUUGGGCAAGUCACAUUUUCUUAACCUCAGAGGAUGGCAAAGGCAAACCCCCUCUGAAGAAACUUGCCAAGAAAACCCCAUAAUAGGUCUCCAUAAGUUGGAAAUAACUUGAAAGCACACAACAACAACAACAACAACAACAACAACAACAAAAGAAGGGAGCAUGGAUUCUUUACAAAACAUCAAGAUUAUUCUGUGGGGACCUAAAUUGAUUCUUCUGAAUUUGCUUCUGAUAAUCCUACCAUUUUAUUGAAGAGAGGGGUAGAAAAUGUGGCCCUUUCCUGCCACCAGUUUUGCAUUUGUACCUCACAGAAUUGGUACAGGAUGACAUUGUUUGCUAUAGGAUACAUUGCUUAUUUAAUCUUUGUGGCAGAGUGCUUUGGGAUCCUGCAGAGAGUUAGCUGAACUUUGCAAAAUCCCUGCUUGGUCUAUUUGUGUGUGUGUGUGUGUGUGUGUGUGUGUAUGGAUGGAUGGCUUUCUUCCUUUUAUAUUCUAUAGUGAAGUAAUUUAAACGGGGCAUUAUUUAUCGUACAGUUUGAAACUACUACAUUACAGUCUGAUCUCAUGCUUUUUUUCUCCCCUGCUACCAUAUGACUGCAGAAAUCUGAAUCCUUCAGCAUGGGACUUCUAUAGUGGUUACACAAAACGUAACAUAACAUUCCGAAUUAAUCUUAAUCUUUCUUAAUCUUAAUCUUUGUUGAUUGUUAAUCUUAAUACACUCGUCCUUCCACAUUUGCUGGGGUUCGGGGCACAGGACCCCCAUGAAUGUGGAAAAACCCCAAAUAACAAAAACACUAUGUUUUUACCUCUAGGAAUCUCUAGGUCCUCCAGGGCAACUCU